GUGUCGCCUUUUUUCUACACUGUACUUCCGGUUUAAAGGUCAACUCGUCCAAGCAACAGCGGCUAAAACGCGACACGGCAAAACCGACAGAAGCUUUUUAAAACUCGACCCCAAACCACAUUUCAAGCAUGUCUCACACCAUCCUGCUGGUGCAACCAACCAAGCGGCCCGAGGGGAGAACGUACGCCGACUACGAGUCUGUCAACGAGUGCAUGGAAGGUGUGUGCAAGAUGUACGAGGAGCACCUGAAGAGGAUGAACCCCAACAGUCCAUCCAUCACGUACGACAUCAGCCAGCUCUUUGACUUCAUUGACGAUCUGGCGGAUCUCAGCUGUUUGGUGUACCGCGCUGACACACAGACAUACCAGCCCAACAACAAGGACUGGAUCAAGGAGAAGAUCUACGUGCUACUGCGCCGUCAGGCCCAACAGGCCGCCAACUGACGAGAGCCACGUCGUCCUCUUCUUUACCUAUAGCCCAGUGUGCAUUGUUUCCCGUUGAUGUUUGUUUCCCGCUUGAAGGAAGGCAUAUUUUGUAUUUUAAGGUCUGCGUUACAAAUAAAGACUUCAUUUACAUUAUGAAAAUAAAAAGUCAUACUUUCGCAA